ACAAACAAACGUUUGGAGACAUCUUUGGACCGAUAAUUGAGUUAUUAAUUAACCGAUCGUUUAAUACAACACUCGAUAUUAGUUCACAAUAUUUAACACACAUUUCAAUCAAUAUUUUGUGUUUAUAUUGUCAUACAAUUGAAGUGAUGAAUGUCUUACCAAUUGUUGACUACUUUGUUAUCACUGAAAUAGAUCUUAUGGUUUGUUUGACAACUAUUUAAUUGAUAACAAGUUUGACUGAAUUACCGAAGCGUAUAAAAUGGCCAACAGAUGGCAACAGUCACUGAUCACUGAUUGAGUCCCCAAUUGUUUGAGUGGUUUAACACAACAUUUGAUCCCAUUUUAAGAGUGCAUUCAAAUAGCAUUAGUCGUAUGGAAGGCGUAACUGAAGACUGACCACACUUUCCGGUCAUAAGAUGAAAGAGUGAGACACGAAAUGGACGACAAUGUCAUCAAUUCGUUGCGGAAUAUGAUAAUGUCCUUCCGUGUCGCCGAACUACAGAUGCUAUUGGGUUUCGCUGGUAAACAAAAAUCGGGAAAAAAGAACGAAUUGCAAGUCCAGGCACUGGAACUUCUUAAGGGUCGGUCACUGACCACUUCCAUACAAAACAAGAUUAAAGAACUUCAUAGACAACGAUAUAAUAAUUUAAGUUAUUUGGGAAACAAUUCUUCGGACACAUUGGACUCCGAUUACGGCCAUUCAAUGAGUUUACGGUCGACUACUGGCGGACACCACUCCGUCAAUCAAAUGACUUCUCAAUCGAGUAGUAAUCAUCAAUACAGCAGUACUGGCAUACCGUCAAAGAGUUUGUACAAUAAUAACUCGAGGACAGAUCAUUACGGAUCAAUGCCACGACUUGGGAUCGACGCUUAUCCGCCAAAGUCAUACCAAUCGUUGCAAAGCUCGCAAUCGCUUCAAUUUCCUGUUUAUCCCGACGUUAAGUUCAAAGGAUUACCUUUUUAUGAUAUUUUGGGUGAACUUCUUAAGCCAUCGAGUUUGGUACCGACUGUUGCCGGCUCUCGAUUUCAAGAGAGUAACUAUUCAUUCCACUUAACACCACAACAGGCCAAUGAUGUAACCAUGUCUAGGGAGUGUUUGCCCGGACCUAAAGUCGACUACACAGUUCAGGUUCAGCUAAGAUUUUGUCUGAAUGAGACCACCUGUGAACAAGAAGAUAAUUUUCCUCCGAGUAUUUGUGUCAAAAUCAACUCAAAGAUGUGUCCAUUACCCAAUCCACUGCCAACUAACAAACCGGGUGUUGAGCCAAAGAGGCCGAGCAGACCAGUUAGCAUUACAACUCUUUGUAAAUUAUCGCCUACUGUUGCGAAUCAAAUAUCGAUCUCAUGGGCGUCCGAUUACAACCGUCCGUACGCUGUCGGAGUGUUUUUGGUCAAAAAGUUGACGUCACAAACACUUCUCGAUAGGAUUAAACGCAAAGGAGUUCGUAAUGCAGACCAUACGAGAGCGUUGAUUAAAGAGAAAUUAUCUCACGAUGAAGACUCGGAAAUCGCAACAAUGAGUCUCAGGGGUUCAUUGCUUUGUCCGUUGGGUAAAAUGCGUAUUCAAAUACCCUGUCGUGCAAUUACAUGCGCUCACGUCCAGUGUUUUGACGCACUUUUGUAUUUACAAAUGAAUGAGAAGAAGCCUACGUGGGUCUGUCCCGUAUGUGAUAAAUCCGCCGUCUUUUCUAACCUUGCAAUUGACGGACUAUUUAAUGAAAUUAUGAAAGAAGCGCCUUCUACUUGUAAUGAAGUCCAGUUCCAUGAGGAUGGCUCCUGGACUCCGGUCCAACUGAAAAAAGAAAACACUUGUGAGACUCUGGGAUCGGGUUCGAGAAAAACUACUAAAAGAGAGAGUUCACAAGAAAGGACUGAACCAAAGCGACCAAAGAUCGAUAUAAUUACAAUUGAUUCGAGUGAUGACGACGACGAUGAAACCAUUAAAGACUCGUCACCGCGACCCGCACUCUCUACACCUGUACUAUCGUCUGGAUCGGGAUCCGAAUCCUGUGGAACACCAAAUCACAUGCAAUCACUCCCUUCACCUGAUUCCUCGAGUUCUGCUUCUAGUAAUUUACAGCCAAUCGCCUCGAAGUCCAAUACUCCUAAUUCACUGUACUUCUCUUCACACAAUACAUCGUCUCCAUCAAGUAAUGGACAAUCACUAAGUCCCGCACACAACAGCAAUAGAUCUACUCUACCCUCGUCUUUAAGUAUCCCAUCGAUGACAUCAAUGGGUCGUUCAACUGCCACCUCCUCACCGGCCAAUCCCUACUCAAGUGUUAUGAAUGCAAAUAAUUUUUACGCCGAUCUAUACGUCAACUCAAACAGUUCAAUGUUUAGCAACUAUUCGAAUAUUGAUAUGAGUUCAGCGUUUGACCGACUUUUCAGACAAACUGCAGAAAACAGAGAGAGACAAAAUACACGACCAAACAAUUCAGAUCCGGACAUCAUUUCUAUUGAUUGAUAUUUGCUGUCACUUAAACAUCAUAAUUAUGUUUAUUAUCAUCGAAAACAAUAUUGUUUACUAAUUAUUUAAUUA